AUGGAUGAGACACCACUCAUCAAGGCAGGGACGCUUACCGGAGAGCAGCACUCGAAGAAACGAGCUAUUGACAAGUCCAAGCACCACGAGAAUCGAGUAGAACAUAGGACGCGUCUGCUGAAAAUUGAACAUGACUUGUCCUCCUUGUGCAACACCAUGAGAGAGUUGCUUCCCCAGCUGCGGCAGCUCAACCACAACAGCACUUCGGCCAUCUUCAACUUAUCACAGCAGCUGACGGAAACUCUCGCAACAUCGCAAUAUAAACCCCCUUCACACUCAGCGGCACAGCCGUAUCUUCCACCCCGGCCGUUGCUGGUUGCGGGAGCGCGGCGUCCACUCGAGUCACUCACACGGUUGACAGCGGCGCCAAGCGUGCCGUCGCUCGCGGCUUCCUCGCUCAGCCCAACCAAGCACAGGUUGCACCACGAUCAUGCACAUCGAGCCUUCCCGCAGGAGCUCUCGGGAACGCAGAUGGACAUGAAUGCGCCGUCAGCCGAGACUGUCGAACGGGAGACUGUUCAUUGCCAUUGUGGAAGGUUGCACCACUCAGAGGCAGAGUGCAUCGAGCACGUUACGGCCGCCAUGGUGUCACUGCUCACGGAUGUGUUCUGUCGUUCCAACCCACCAGACACACUGGCUCCACGCGACCCUAGUCUGUCAGACAUACUGCUGCACAAUACAGCAAUUUCGAGCCCUAUUGCAUGUAUUUUGUCGUCUAUUAUGCGGCAGUAUGAUGUGGCGCAUAUAGAUACACUAUGCGGCAUAUUCUUUUUGGCUUAUAGAUUGCUGAGGUCACGCUUCUAUCACUCAGCUGGAUCCGCUGUCGACGUGCCGGCCAUAAUACGCCCGACGAAUGCGCAAAUUACGAUCAAACACCCUCAAUACCUUGAUCUUUUGCCUUUUCCCGCGCUACGCAACUACCUUUGUCACAACCAGGACAAUACCGGGCACACGGCGGACUUGUAUAUGCGUUCGCUGAAGCUUACUCUACCCCCCGGCACAAGCUUGAUGCUCAAGGCCGAGCGCGGUGGUGUGGAGCUCAAUCCUGAAUUCGAGUCUUUUGCGUCGGAUUUGCGGAACUGGGACAUUGGUACACCGUGGUCGGAUGUAUUCCCGCAGCUGCAGUAUCUUCUGCGUUGA